AUGGCUUUCCGACGACUACCCAUAUCGACUUGUGUACUAGAAGUAGAACGCAAAUUCCGCUCACUUGCAGUUCGUGAGCUGACUCAAUAUGGCGGGCUUCCUCACUUCAAGAGUCUUCAGAGACUUCCUGACCAGAUAAUACGCGACUCUUACUACGACAAGUCGAAUAUCCUCUCUUCGGUCGGAGCAUGGAUAAGAAACAGAGACGGAGAGUGGCAAGCAAAAAUCAGAAAGGGGGGCAAUUUCACCAACUCCAGAUUUGAAGAGCUUAGCAGCAUUGAGGAUAUUGCGGCAUACAUCAAACGCACCACUGGAAUCGAUGCCGGAGAAGCCAUAGACUUCGGACUACAGGCCACUGCUACCUUUUCCACUAGACGCGAAACCUGGGUAGCAGAUGACGAGUUCCACGUUGUCCUCGACACGAUGGACUUUGGCCACCAGGUUGGUGAAAUCGAGCUGCAAAAGACCUUGGUUGGCGAGGAUGGAGGUGUGCCAACCGAGCAGCAAAAGCAAAACGAAAUGCAAAUCAUGGACGACAGGAUUGUCUCUUUUAUGGAGACCUAUUCGUGGGCGUUUUCUCCAGGCGAUCCAAAGGGAAAGCUGACGGCUUACUUUGAGCGAUUCCAGCGGUAAGAUGUGUGGAGGGCAAAGGACAUGUGGAAGGCAAAAAUCCGAAAUGAGAUGUAGUACAGGAUGGAUGUAUUGGACUUGCAAGUGAAAAUAAAGACGGCGUCUUUCCCGACUUCGGAGGUUGAAGCUGUGGCUAUCCGUCCAACCAUCUCCUUCUUGCUUAUCAUUUCUUAUUUAUAGCAAAUGCUGCAAUCAUUUAAUUUGUG